AUCUCCCACCACCGAGGAACUCCCCCAAUCUAUACCACACAUCUAAACUUAAUAAUGUCUAAAAUCUCUUUAGGUCAAUACUUGUUCGAAAGAAUUCACGAGCUCAAUGUCGAGUCCAUUUUCGGAGUCCCUGGAGAUUUCAACUUGACGCUUCUUGAUAAGAUUGAUGAUGUCAAGGGCUUAUCGUGGAAGGGGAACUGUAAUGAGCUCAAUGCCGCCUACUCCGUUGAUGGUUACUCCAGAAUCAAGGGGUUUGGUGCCUUCGUCACCACUUUUGGUGUUGGUGAGUUGUCUGCUUUGAAUGGUACUGCCGGUCUGUACGCUGAACAUGUAGGUCUGCUCCACAUUGUUGGUAUCCCAGCCAUUUCUUCUCAAAAGCAACAAUUGUUGUUGCAUCACACCUUGGGUAACGGUGACUUCACCGUGUUCCACAAGAUGGCCUCUGCGGUGACCCACACAUCUGCUGUACUUAAGGACAUCAGUAGUGCUGUUGCUGAAAUUGAUCGUUGUAUCACAUCGGCUUACAUUAACCAAAAGCCCACAUACUUGGCCUUCCCAACGAAUUUGGUAGAUGCUGAAGUCGAUGCUGAUCUUUUGAAAACUCCGUUGGAUGUUUCACUUCCUCCAAAUGACAAAGAAGCCGAAGGUGAGGUGAUUAGUCAGGUUCUUGAUCUCAUUUCAAAAUCAAAGAACCCUGUUAUUCUCAUUGAUAGUUGUUGUUCAAGACAUAACGCCACUCCAGAGGCCAAAAAGCUUAUUGACUUGACCCAAUUCAUGUUUGCUAUCAGUCCAAUGGCAAAGGGUUCUGCCGAUAUCGAUGAACACCACAGUAGAUUUGCAGGUGUUUAUGUUGGAGACUUAUCUUAUCCAGAUGUCAAAGAAGCAGUGGAAUCUGCAGACCUCAUUCUCUCUUUGGGUGCAAUUUUGAGUGAUUUCAACACUGGAUCCUUUUCCUAUUCGUACCAAACAAGAAAUAUCGUGGAGUUCCAUUCCGAUUACACCAAAAUCAAGGCAGCCCAUUACCCAGGGGUUCAAAUGAAACCAACCUUGCAGAAAUUGUUGAACGACCCAGAAUUAAAACAGGCCAUCAGGAAUUAUGCUCCACAAGAUCAUAAAGUUUCUCCACCAAUCCCAUCGGAAAAGAAAGACCCACAGUCGAAAAUUUCACAAGAAUGGCUUUGGAGCAGACUCUCAUCCUGGCUUCAAGAAGGUGACAUUGUUGUUACAGAAACCGGUACGUCAUCGUUUGGGAUUGUCCAAACCAGAUUCCCUAAGAACGUUACUGGUAUCAACCAGGUAUUGUGGGGGUCCAUUGGGUAUUCCGUUGGUGCUGCCUUUGGAGCAGCUGUGGCUGCACAAGAACUCGAUCCACAAAGAAGAGUCAUCUUAUUCGUUGGAGACGGUUCCUUGCAAUUGACCGUGCAAGAAAUCUCUUCUAUGAUCCGUAACAAGACUAACACAUAUGUAUUUGUAUUGAACAAUGACGGUUACACCAUCGAAAGACUUAUCCAUGGGGAGAAUGCUGGUUACAAUGACAUUCAAUCUUGGGACCAUUUGAAACUCUUGGAAACUUUUAAAGGUGGUGAAGGUAAGAGAAUUGCCACCAUUGAACAAGCAGACUCUCUUUUCAAUGAUAAGGAGUUUGCCAAAAACUCAGACUUGAGAUUGGUUGAAAUCAUGCUUGAGAAAAUGGACGCCCCUACAAGUUUAAUCAAGCAAGCCGAGAAGACGGCUAGCACUAACUCGAACUAA